AUGAAAGGAUUGUUGGUGUUGGUGUUAUUGCGUACGGUACGAUCCUGUGUACAACCACCGUCUCCAUCGCACCCGAAUAUCGUGAUAUUAAUGGUUGACGACUUGGGUUUUGGAGACAUUGCAUCCUAUGGACAUCCGACACAAGAACACACAUCCCUCGAUCGAAUGGCGAAUGAAGGCACAAGAUUCACACAGGCCUAUUCGGCGGAUAGUAUGUGUAGCCCAAGUAGAGCCGGAAUGAUGACCGGACGACUUCCGAUUCGUCUUGGAGUGACCGGUGGACGUCGAGUAUUCAUGCCUUAUGAUAUUGGUGGUCUCCCGAAACAUGAAACCACUAUGGCUGAAAUGUUGAAAGAAGCAGGUUACGUAACUGGAAUGGUUGGGAAAUGGCAUCUAGGUAUUAACGAACAUAAUCGCACGGAUGGUGCCCACCUGCCAUCACGAAGAGGAUUUGAUUUUGUCGGUCUUAAUUUACCGUUCACUAACGCAUGGCAAUGUGAUACGACACAGGAAUACUAUACAAAUGGACCGGAUCCUUCAAUGUGUUUUCUAUACGAUGGCGAUGAAAUCGUUCAACAACCAAUACGUUUUGAAUGGAUGACGGAAAAUCUUGUGCACGACUGGAGACGAUUUUUACGAAUGAGAAUGCAGCUAGAUCAAAAGGAACGACCUUUUUUCUUCUACUUCUCCUUUCCUCAAGUGCACAGCACACAAUUUGCGAGUCCUAAUUUUCUUGGGACAUCUGUUCGAGGAAUUUAUGGCGAUUCAAUCAAUGAAAUGUCAUGGGCAGUUAGCCAGGUUCUGGAUAGUCUUGUGAACGCAGGGAUCGCCGAGAACACACUCGUAAUUCUUAUGUCGGAUCAUGGACCACAUAUUGAACUGUGCUUAAAUGGUGGUUCUACGGCUGGCCUUAAGGGCGGAAAAUCCAACUCAUACGAAGGAGGAUUUCGUAUUCCUUUUAUCGCAUGGCAACCUGGAACUGUAAAGGCAGGACGAGUCUCUAAUGAAGUCAUUUCAAGCAUGGAUCUUUACCGUACAUUCCGGGAUAUGCAGAACUGCAAGUUCCAGGCUAAACCACAGCUGCAUCUAGAUGGAACGAAUAUACUGGAUGAACUUCUCGGAAUAAGUGAUGAACCACCUGGAUAUUUGGGAAGGAGAAGACCGAUCAUCUAUUAUUGCAACACAAAACUAAUGGCAGUUCGAAUUGGAAACAUAAAGAUACACUACAAAACUUCACCAAUUUUCCUAAACAAUUCGAUUGAUCCAAAUCUUUCCCACUUUUGUCCCAAUGGGAAGCCAAGAGCAGACUGGUACGUGUCCCAAGUUUGUCCAGACGAACAUCUAACAGUGCACAAUCCACCACUUGUUUUCAACUUGAUCAAAGAUCCGUACGAGCGCUUUGCUCUUGAAGGAAGCGAUUUCGUUCUUCAGAUGAGAUCUCUUGCCGCUGAAGUUCUACGAAAUCAUCGUGAAACGUUGAUUCCAGUAACGAGUCAACUUGGUCAUUUUGAUAAAACCCUAACACCAUGUUGUGAUCCACCGAUGUGCCGAUGUGAUAAGAUUUCUAACCGACGAGAAGUACCACAUCAGGAAUCGUUAUUAGAACAAUCGUCUGAAGUUGAAUUCAUAAGAAAAAUACUGUAG